AUGUUAUUAUUGGGUUCAUACUCAGUACUUGCCAGUCCUACCGUCUCGUCUGUUCUUCCAGACAAGGCAACCCUUCCUGACCGGCGCCGAUCCACCGAUUGCUCUUCUCCAUCUUCCAGCGUACCUCAGUAUUUUCAGACAAGUCCUGAACUAUGGGCUGGACCUACGGCUACUGGGCGGGCACCAUUUCUGGCUCAAACCAACCCGGUAUCUUUUGCUCCAACCGUCACUUUCGUGCCCAACAACCCCCUCGAAACGGCUGGGCCGAUCAUAGGCCAAGCCCAGAACGAGAGCAUCUUUCAGCUGAUGGGAAAUCUCUCCCCUUACUUUUCAAAUCCGAUUGGGUUCGGGGUCGCUGAAUAUCCCCUUCCUCCUGGGGCAAAUAUCUCCCAAGUCCAAAUGCUUUCACGCCAUGGGUCAAGGUAUCCCACUGGAGGAAGCAAUGUGCAGACUUUUGGCAAGCGAAUUGCUAAUGCGACGGGGAAUUUCAAGGCGACUGGUCCUCUAUCCUUCUUGAACACUUGGAAAUAUGAGCUAGGUGAAGAGAUUCUUGUUCCUCGUGGGCGACAGGAGCUUUUCAACAGUGGGAUUCUACAUUACUACCAAUAUGCGCAAUUGUACAAUCCCAACAGUAAGAUAAUUGCACGAACCACAACCCAGGACCGGAUGUUGAAGAGCGCGGAAUACUUCCUGGCAGGUUUCUUCGGUCUGGAAUGGACAACUAAUGCUACAAUUGAGGUGAUCAUCGAAGAAAGCGGAUUCAACAAUUCGUUAGCAGGUUAUGAUAACUGCCAAAAUGCCAAUAACAACCGGAGUGCGGGAGGUCUAAAUGCAAUGACGGAAUGGGCAAGCAUAUACUUGCAGAAUGCCACAGGUCGCUUCCAGUCCAGGAUUGAUGGCUUCGAUUGGACCAUCAAUGACACCUUUGCUGCCCAAGUAAUGUGUCCUUACGAGACAGUCGCCUACGGCUACAGUGCCUUCUGCAACCUUUUCACCUAUGAAGAAUGGGUUGACUUCGAGUACGCCUGGGACCUCUUUUUCGCUGGCGGCUCGGCCUUCCAAUCGCCCACCGGCCGCGCAGUCGGCAUAGGCUAUGUGCAAGAGGUCAUCGCGCGCCUCGAGAACCAUACUCUGGGCUACUCUGGGUCACAGAUCAACACCACGCUGGACAACAACACCGUCACGUUUCCCCUCAAUCAAAGUCUUUACUUUGACUUCAGCCACGAUACUAAUAUCAUGUCUGUACUGACCGCUUUCGGAUUCACGCAAUUCGCCCAGUUUCUUCCCAGCACGAAAUAUCCCGGGCCUCAUAACCUCACUGUAUCACACCUCGAGCCAUUCGGCGCUAGGCUGGAUAUCGAAGUUAUCAAGACCCCACAACCUCUAGGCGCGGACCGCACGUAUACCGUAGGGAGCGAAACGACAUAUGUGCACUUCAUCCUCAACCAGCGAACUCUGCCACUGGGCUUCAGCUUUCCGCAAUGCGGGAGGGAUAGGUUGGAUGGGUGGUGCGAGCUCCAGACGUUCUUGGAGGUGCAGAGGAACUCGACGGCGCAGGCGAAUUAUGAUUAUGCUUGUAAUGGGGAUUACCCUGCCGUCCCAUAUGGCGAGGUAUGGAACGGGGCGCCGAAUUCGUAG